CCGCCGUCCGGCGGAAGCGGUGCGGCGGCGUUCGGCGCAUGCGCGGAAGGUGCGGGCUGGAGCUUAGAUGAAUCAUGGAGAAGUUUGGCAUGAACUUUGGAGGUGGCCCAAGUAAGAAAGAUCUUCUAGAGACUAUUGAAUCACAGAAGAAGCAGCUGCUUCAGUACCAGGUUCGGCUGAAGGAUGUUGUCAGAGCCUACAAGAGCCUACUCAAGGAGAAGGAGGCCUUGGAAGCCAGCUUGAAAGUGCUGUCUGUAUCUCACGAGGCAGAUGUUGGCUUGAGUGGUGCUCAGCUUGCCUCUGUGGUCAGCUCCAGCUCUUCCUUUGCUGAUUGUGCUGAUGACAGGAGCUCUGUUCACAGCGAAGAUAGCGUGGGGACAGCUGCCAGUGCAGACACUGCCGCCAGCCUGGCCAGUACCAAGGGUGAAGCAGGGCCUGAGGAUGAUAAACUCAUGGCUGCUGCUUCUUCCUCUGUUAAAUCAGAGGAGACGAGCGGUUCAGAGAGUGGCAUGAGCACGAGCAGUGGGGACGUACCAUCUGCUGCCAGUGAGGCUGAUAAAAGAGUUCUGCAGCUGAAGACCCAGCUGGCCACCCUGACCAGUGCUCUGGCAACAGUCACACAGGAGAAGUCCCGCAUGGAAGCCUCCUACCAAGCAGAAAAAAGGAAGAUGAAGCAGGACCUUGAUGAUGCUGCUAAGAAAGCAGAGGAUGAGACUGAGAAGCUGGAGGCAGAUCUGAAGUGUGUCCAGGAGCAGCUGGCAGAGACCAAAGCCCGUCUGAUCACCCAGCAGCAUGACAGGGCCCAGGAGCAGAGUGACCAUGCUGUUAUGCUGCGGGAGCUGCAGAAGCUGCUGCAGAGUGAGAGGGCUUCACGCCAGGAUGCUGAGCUGAAGCUGGAAGAGACCAGGGAGAUGCUGGCUGGGAGGGCCUGCAUGGCUGAGCGAGCAGAGGGCUACGAGCUGCAGAUCAAGCAGCUGAGCCAGGAGGUAGAGGACCUGAAGAGAGAACUGCAGGAUGUUCAGGAGGAGAACAAGAAGCCAGACCCACGGAUACAGGAUCUGCAGGAGGAGAUGGCCAGUCUCAAGAACCACUUCCAAGUGCAGCUGUUGCAGGAGAUGAAGAAGGCUGCACAGGCAGAGGAGCAGCUCCGCCAGCAUGCCCAGAUGGAGGAGAGGCGAGUGGCUGACCUGGAAGGCCAAGUCUCUGAGGUGUCGGAACUCCUUGGCACCUAUGAGAAAGCCAAGCAGAAGGACCAAGUGAUCAUCCAGAAGCUGAAGGACCGCAUUGUACAGCUGGACCUGGAGAACAAAACCCUGGCCAUCGCUGCCUCCAGCCGAGCACCUGGGGAUGCUCACGUGGAAGAAGCCAACCUGGAUGUUAAUGUUCUGAAGGAUAAAAUGGAAAAGCUGAAAAAGCUCUUGCAGGCAGCAGCUAAGAAGAGUGAAACCCCUCUGGACAUCGAGAAGCUGUGUGAGCUGGAGCUGCCAAAGGGCACUGAGGCUGGGGAUGGUGAGAAGGCCACUGCUGUGUACUACCAGCAGGAGCUGAAGCAGCUCAAGGAAGAGUUUGAGAGGUACAAGAUGAGGGCACAAGUGGUUCUCAAGAACAAGUCAACCAAAGACAUCAACUUGGCUAAAGACCUGGAGGAAGCUCAGGAGCAGCUGGCUGACCUGAAAGAGAAAUAUGUUGUGCUUCAGCUGGCCUCUGAUGAAAUGGAGAAGCAGCACCAGCAGGACAUGGAAGCCAAGAAGCAAGAGUUGUCCCAGCUGCUGCAGAUCCAUAGGCAGGAGUUAGAGAGGUGCCAGCUGGACUACAGGGAACGGGCACUGAAGCUGGAGGAGGAGAUGCACAAACAGCGGGACCGAGCCCUGGCCGUGCUGGCAGAAAAGGACCAGGAGCUGGAGCAGCUGAGAGCUGUCACACUGCCUUAUGGGCUUCAAGGGUCCAAAAACUACCUUGUGUCAGAUGGUGCUUGCAAUGACUCCCCAGGUAAUGAUUCCUCAGAGAUUCUCCCCCAGGCUCUUCACCUCUCCACCACCAGUGAGCCCACCUUCAUCUUGUAUGCGGAGCAGCUGGCUCGCAAAGAAGUGGACAUUGUUGCCCUGAGGAAGCAGAAGCACAAGUUGGAAAUGCAAGUUCACCACCUCCAGAAGAGGAUCUUGGUCGAGGAGGAGAAGCACCGGGAAGAGGUGUCUGCACUUCAAAGUGAGAUCGAGAAGAACGUCAGGGAUAGGAGCAGAGAAGGAGCCAACCUGGAGUACCUCAAGAACAUCGUGUACCGGUUCCUGACGCUGCCCGACGCGCUGGGGCGGCAGCAGACUCUCACAGCCAUCCUCACCAUCCUGCAUUUCAGUCCAGAGGAGAAGCAGACCAUCACAAAGCAGUCAGCUUCCAGCAGCUGGUGGCUGGCUGGCAAGAGAUGAGCCUGCAGCUUCUGUUCCAGACUGCUUUUGCACAGGGACAUGUUCGUGAUGGUUACCGAGACCACUUCACUCGGGGUGUAACCUCCUUCCCACCAUGCGGUGGAGCAGUGAGCUCUCAGCAAAGAACUGUGCCUCAGCCGGUGCUCUUAGCACUGGUUUCUGUUGGAGUCGUGGGAUCACAGCGCUCUCUGGUGUGAGGAUUUGCUCUGAGUUGGAACUUGAUGAAAUAAUAAAUAAAAUUGAAGCUACUGAUGCUUUUUUAACCAUGAUCUAAAAAGAAUCAUCCUGCAGGCGGAGGGUGAGGAGCUCAUUAGAGCUUCAACACCAGACAGGCUUGUGACUCUAAGGGAGGGGGAAGCACUUACUGCUAAAAUAACCUAAGACAAAGAGCUGGAAGCCCACAAGAAGAUGAGUCUUGAUACCGGCAUCAUCCAAAUGCAGAAACUUGAGCAGUUUCUCAUAAGGUUCUAUUUUUAACCUAGAGCCAGAUUUAUACCAGUGAAUCUGUAGCAGCUCCUCAUAGCACUGGAGACCAUUUCUGGAUUCUUUGCAGUCAUCAGUGUGCUCAGGAAAGAGAAAAUACCUGAAAUAUGUAAGUUUGAACCCUUGUAACUGCAGUGGUGCAAGUGAUGAUUUCCCCACUAGUGUCCAACCAGAAGGUGCUCUGGAGCAGUUAUUCUGGAGCAGGUAUCUGAACCUUCUGGCCUGGUUCCUGGUGGGACCCAGGAGGUUACAGGAGGCAGAGGAAAGGCUGAACUAAACCCACUGGGCAUUCAGUGGUCAUUUCCUGAGUAUCUGGGAGUUUCAGUGAAGUUCUGGUGCUCUGCACUGUUGGUUUUAGAAGCAAGGCAUUGCUCCUGCUGGGAUAGAAGCAGCGAGGGGUAGAAGAUAACAGUGUGUGCUCUGAGCUUGCAGUAAACCCCAUGAGGAGGAAGAUCUGCCCUGUUGCAGGGUGGACCUUGAAGUUCUUGCCUCCCUUACAAAUGGGUGAGUGCAGCAGGAAGGAAGCAGAAACCUCUGGAAACACUUCUGGCUUUUGUAUUCCUGUGUUUUGGAGCUGUGCUGCACAUUUAAAUGGACUGUGUGAGAGGAUCGGGGGAGCUGCAGUGUGCCACUGUGAGCCCCCUGGGGGCUGGGGCCACUAGAGAGGACCCACCAGUUGCCCAGACCCUGGGGACAGGGGCCCUGAGGUGCAGCAUCCCUCAGCACUGCCAGGACCUGCUGCCCUGGGAUGGGACCUGACUGAGAUAUGACACACCAGGACAGGUCCAUGCAGCCAGGGCCAGCACUGGGGCUCAGCUGGGCUCUGCAGGUGGGGAGGUUCUGUGCAGGCAGCAGGGCAGGUUUCUGUGAGCACAGUGGUUGUGCUGCAGUGAGCUGCUCUGAGGUGUGGGGCAGGGUGCCAGUGCUUUGUGCAUGAGGGUAAGCAAGGUCAGGAGCAGCAGAACCAGCCCAGCAGCUGUUGCGUGUCCGGUGCUGCCUGUUGGCACGAAGCUGUCCAUGGUGAGCAGGAGCAUCUCAGCCAGGCCAGAGGAGCUGUGCUGGCUGCACUGCCUGGAGCAGUGCCCAUCAGGAAGUGUUUGUGCUGGGAUUUAAAUGGUCUCUUCAUCCCAGGGAGGAUAUUUUGCUUCCUAAGAUGUUGGGUGCUCGCCUGGAAAGCACCUAUUCUAGCUGUGCUUCCAGAGCUUUCCCAUCUGUGUAGGCAAAACCUUGGUGGAGUUGUGUUCCCAUGCACCUGCUUUGGUUCAUGAUUAAAUGUUGGCUCCUAAAGCACAAUUCCCA